AUGAUGAUGGAGUACAUGAUCAGAUUUACCCACGUGCAUGAGACGUUUCGUCUGCCCGAAAUUCAAGCCCUUGCAGUCCUCGAAGGAAUCGAUCUAGAAGUCAGCUCAUACAAUUCAGAUGUGCGUGAAUACUCACCUCUUGAUUAUCCUCCUGCUUACACGUGGAAGUCACCAUUUUGCAUUGUGAAAUUGCCGUCGGAAGAUGCAGCCAUCAGGCUCUUGAGGAGAAGUGUACUUGCCAAAGCGAUAUACGAACACUGGGGCAGUGGAGCCAAUUAUGAGGAGCUUCAUCAAAAUGUCCGAGAGACUUCACAGCAUCUGUGGCAUCUCUACAAAGAUAGUUCUUUUAAAUUCACCGUCGACUCGUUCCAAGGAACACGGACCAUGGCUGAGCAACGACAGUUGAUUGAAGACUUCAGUUUCCUUGCUUUUGAGGGGCCGAUCAGGAUGAAAGGCGCGGAUCAACACUUUUGCAUCUCCGAGGACUGGCAACGCGAUGUUUUCCCUUUUACAAUUAAGGAUCCCCGAAAAAUCCAUUUGGGACGGUUUCUUAGCGAGGGCCAGAGAGAUAUUAUCGGCAAGUACGAUCUGAAGAAGCGAAAAUACAUAUGUACUACAUCUAUGGAUGCCGAACUUGCUCUGAUCACCGCAAAUAUAACCCUAGCGGCUCCUGGAAAGUUGUUCUAUGACCCAUUCGUUGGCUCUGGUAGUUUCCCUGUUGCCUGUGCCCACUUUGGCGCCCUCGCCUUUGGGAGUGAUAUCGAUGGCCGCAGCAUCAGGGGAAAGGGCAAGUCGAAUCUCUUUACUAACUUUGUCCAAUAUGGUCUCACGAACCAGUACGGUGAUAGCUUCAUAGCUGAUCUUACCCACACACCCCUCAGGGAAGCAAGGCUCUUUGAUGGGAUUAUUUGUGACCCACCCUAUGGCGUCCGGGAAGGGCUGAAAGUAUUGGGAAGUAGGGAUCCCACGAAACCAAAGGUGCCAGUGUACAGAGACGGAAAGGCUCAUCAUACGGAAGAUGCCUAUAUGCCGCCAAAACGGCCGUACAGCUUCCUGGCUAUGCUAGACGACAUAUUGGAAUUCGCGUCUAUAUCGCUGGUUGAUGGUGGGCGGCUCUCAUUCUGGAUGCCCACUGCGAAUGACGAAGAUCAAGAAAUUACCAUACCCCAGCAUCAAUGCCUCGAACUGACGAGUGUCUGUACCCAGACUUUUAACAAAUGGUCAAGAAAACUUAUAACAUAUAAGAGAAUUCCUAACUCCGAGGUUAUUAAUACUCCCCGGGAAGAGAGAGUGAAGGAGAGCGGAGUUAGUGCAGAUGAUCUUAAUCCAUUCAGGAAGGGGUACUUCAAAGGGUUUAAAACUGCCUUUAGAUGA